CCUGGCUCUCUGCGGCUGCUGACAGGCGGACGCGGGUCGAGCACAGGACCACAGUCCAAAGGUAUCCUCACCUGAAGCAGUGAGGCUCCCCCCAGGAGCGUCUACCCAUGUGGUCGCUCAACCAUGGCUUCACUUCCCACUCGCGGACUCGACGAUGCUAACGCCAACGCCAACUCCUCGCCCGCUAAUCAGCCACGGCAGCAUUAUUACAGCAGCAGCGGCAGCAGCAGCAUGAGCAGCGGUAACACCAGCAGCAAAGUUGCCGCUCCAGGAUCAGCCUCCACUGAAAACCAUAACCAGGCAGCACAUGCCGCAAAUGCCUCUGUGCUUCCUCCUCUAGACACGACAAUUGCUCCGCAUUCGAGCGCGCAACAUCAUCACCACCACCAGCGCAUGUCCUCCGCUCUAUCGCUGAGGACCAACAGACUCGAAACAUCCGCAACUGCUGGAGCAGACGCGUGGAGCGACAUGGACACCCCCACUAUUCAGUACGAGCCCGAGGCCGCGCUCAAACUCAAUCUCACCUCGCCGUCCAGUCUGCCUACCAUAAGUUCUUCGCUGCGAUCCAACAUGUCGACCACUAGUCUGGCCUCCUCCUACUCUCCAGGGUCAAUCUCGGCACUGCCCUCUCCGUAUCUCACUGCAGCAAUGACCGACCUGACUCCUCUACCGUCACCACUACCGCUACCGGGAACCGAGAUGCCUCUGGUGUGGCCGAAGAGACAGGCUAGCAUUGCUAGCCGAUCAAGAGAAGGAUCACUGACCGAUGGCAUGCCCAGCAAUAGAUCAUAUUUGCCUCCUAUAUCGCCCGAGUCACCGUCAAAAAAGAAGAAAGGAUAUGGGAGUCUCAUGCAAGAAGCCGCAGUGGCCAAUGCGGCGAUGGCGACUGGCCAGGAGCAGCUGAGAACGGACAGUCACAACAGAAACCGAAGUCUUUCGGAAUUCAAGCCAGAAGCGCUACACAACACACGGCCGCGGCAUGUGACUGUGGGGGAGGGUGAGGUAUCCGGCCUGGAGACCGGAGAAUAUCACAUUCAUCGCGAGGCAUAUUUGGCGGAGCAACGAGGCCUGACCCCUGCUCCUGCCACGUCUGGCAAACCGCUUCCGACGCCUCCACCCAGCAACGCAAGCAUCACUGAAAGUGAUGACGCGGAAGAGGAACGACCACAUCUCGAAGACGGUACCGUAUCGGAAUACCUAGAGAUACAUUGCGGCAUACACAACAAGAGACGGAAAUUCAGACAGCUCCGCGCGCUCGGCACAGGGACGUUCUCUACCGUCAUGUUAGCCACACGGGAAAAGAUUCCAGCUCACCCGACUCCUGAAAUAGAGGACCAUCUCGAUCCCGCCAAGCUGGUAGCUGUCAAGAUAGUCGAGCACGGGCCUGCAGGUGGCGCCGAUGAAGAACGAAUCGAAACAAGCUUAAAACGCGAAGUGGAAAUGCUGAAGAUCGUCUCUCACCCUUCGCUGGUCCAUCUCAAGGCUUGCGAAUACCAGCCAACCCGCGCAUUACUGGUGAUUAACUAUUGUCCAGGGGGAGACCUCUUUGAUUUCGCCAAUGAACAACGCGCGCUACUGACACCGCGCCUGAUACAGAGGAUGUUCGCGGAGCUGGUUAGCGCCGUCCGGUAUUUGCAUGAGAAUUGGAUCGUGCACAGAGAUAUCAAGCUGGAGAACGUGCUCGUCAACCUACCACCUGCCGAUAUUGAACCCGUGGAGAACCCGCUAACGCAUCCUGCGCCGCUUGUGACGCUGACUGACCUGGGACUGAGCAGGCGCAUACCUCAGCCGCCAGAGUCGCCGCUACUGAGCACCCGAUGCGGCAGUGAAGAUUACGCUGCGCCCGAAAUUCUGCUUGGGCAGCCCUACGAUGGGCGUCUGACCGAUGGCUGGGCGCUUGGAGUGCUGCUUUACGCACUUCUGGAAGGCCGCCUACCCUUUGACGCACCUCCUGGAAAGCCGGACCGCAGCCGGAAUACUCAUCGCAUAGCACGCUGUGACUGGAUCUGGUGUCGAUUUGGGGACGAAGACGGCGAUUGGGAUGCAACGCGUGGCAAAGACCUGGAAGGCGCGAACCUGGUUGUUGAGGCUCUGCUAAAGAAAGUGCGCAUGGGCCGCAAGUCGUUAGAGGACGUGGAGAAGCUAGAAUGGGUACAAAGGGGAAUCCAAGUUACCGGAGGUCUGCAGAUGAGGCCAGAGGACGAGGAGAAUCUGUGAGGGAAAAAAUCUUUCAUUGUGAUGAGACACGACUUUGCUUGGAUUUGUGGACGACGCAAGAUGCAUAGGUCGACAGGAUAUGGGAUCGGGUCAGAAGUGCAGGCAUUCGUGAGAGGCACAGCGGCUGCGUGUCUGAGAUACCACGGAUGAGGUCUGCAAGCUGGAGAUUUGGAUAUUAGGAAUGUAUACUUGAUGAGCUUAGAGAUCAACCAACACACGUUGUGGCAUGCAUUGGUUGUGUCGUUUACAGUAAUUGAUACCUUCAGC